UUCUUCUUUCUUGCAUCAGUACUUAAGUAGAGCACUGGCCCAUUUCGUCCUUCCAUGCACUCGUCUUCCUCCUCAACAACACCUUCUGUGUUCCUCCUCAACUCGACGGCUACUCGAGCAACACCGCAGACAAGAUGUCCGGUCGAAGGUCUCGAUCGAGACAGUCCAUGUCGCCGAGCAUCACCGACGAACAGAUCAACGACCUCAUGGCGAAGCUGCAAGCUGUUCUUCCUGAGGCACGCCUGGGGAUCAAUCAUAGGGUGUCGGCAGCCAGGGUGUUGCAGGAGACAUGCAGCUACCUCAGAAGCUUGCACCGAGAGGUGGAUGACCUGAGCGAGAGGCUCUCGGAGUUGCUUGCCAUGGCGGACAUCAGCGGUGCUGAAGCCGCGAUCAUUAGGAGCUUGCUGAUGUGAUACGAUCCACGUUAGGUUGUUCAUCGCUUCCUCGUUAGAUGAGACGAGAAUGCUGUGGAUCUUCCUUGCGCAGUACUGUUUUAUGUACUGAUCCUAUUAAUGCUCGAUCUUUCUUGCACGUAUGAUCGAAGUUCUCAUUUGGGUGCCGACGACUUUUCUGCUCGUCCACUGAAAUUAUCAGAUUUCACGUGUUUGUUGA